AUGAAGUCUUCCUUCAAGUCAGAGUAUCCCUUUGAGAAGAGGAAGGCAGAGUCCGAGAGAAUAUCUGAUAAGUUCCAGAACAGAAUUCCAGUGAUCUGCGAGAGAGCGGAGAAAUCUGAUAUCCCAGAGAUUGACAAGAGAAAGUACCUGGUGCCCGCCGACCUGACCGUAGGGCAGUUUGUUUACGUGAUCAGAAAGAGGAUCAUGCUGCCACCGGAGAAGGCCAUUUUCAUAUUCGUUAACGAUACUCUUCCUCCCACAGCAGCACUGAUGUCAGCUAUCUACCAAGAACACAAGGAUAAGGACGGUUUCCUUUAUGUGACUUAUUCGGGGGAAAACACUUUUGGUGCUUGA